CGAUAGUGAAGAGUAUUCAGGGGUAGAGCACUCUCGAGGAAAACAUUACCAAGCAUGGAUCCGUCUCCGCAUAAAGAUAAAUAUAAGCACAAAACAGAUUCUGUGGACAAAAUAAAGGAAAGAAGAGGUCAAGAAGUUGUAUCUUUGAGGAAGGAAAAGCGUGACAAAAUUGUCAGUUCUAAGAGAUGCAGAUUUGAUGCGUCACACAAGGCAGGGGGUGACCAUGGCUUUACAGAAGAUGUUGUGGUUGAGUUAACGAAGAAGCUGCAGCAUAGUGAUCCAGACAGACUGAAAGACUUGAAGACAUUGAGACAAGCUUGUGCCCAGGGAACACAGUACAUUGAUGCAUUCUUCAAAGUUGAGAACAGCUUGCAGUGCAUUGUGGGAUUUCUGACAGGAAGUGAUGUGGAGCUACAACAGGAAGCAGCAUGGUGUCUUACCAAUGUAUCGGCAGGGUCCAGUGAGCAUGCCAUGGCAGUUGCCAAGAUGGCAGCACCAUACCUCAUCACAUUUCUUAGUUCAAACAACCAUUCACUACAGGACCAGUGUGCCUGGGCGCUAGGAAACUUAGCAGGGGACAGUCCAGAUUGCAGGAACUUGUUACAUGACCAGGGUAUAGUCGCUCCUCUUGUUAAACUGCUACAGUCCCCGUGUUCAUCAGUUGCACAGUCCUCAGCAUUCGCCUUGUCAAACAUUACCAGGGAAUCACCAGAGAUCACAAGAGAGCUUGUUGAGGCAGGUAUUAUACAGAUGAUCCCUCCAUUUCUCCACAACAGACAGGAGAACAGAGGUACACUGGCCGAGGUUGCCUGGAUAUUAACAUACCUCACCACAACAGGAGAACAUGUUCCGGCACUGAUAGAGAAAAGUAUUCUGGCAGCAGUGGUAGAACUUCUGGUGAAGCUGGCAACUGAGCACCCAGUAGAUGUACAGACAGUUACCCCACUUCUGCGUUGCCUUGGUAAUAUCUGUAGCGGACCAGAAGAGUAUUCUUUAAAGGCAGUUGACAAUCCCCGCCUGUUACACACACUAGGAGUGUAUCUAGAUUCCAGUGUGAACUAUGUUGUCAAGGAAACACUCUGGGUUUUCUCAAAUAUGGCUGGUGAGCCAACAAUAGCUACAUCUAUAGCAUAUGGUCCACUGCUGGAGAGCAUCACAAACAAACUGACAGGAGGACAUGAUAUCAAACAUGAGGCGUUGUAUGUUUUGAACAAUAUGGCAUGUCACGGCCAGGAGGCGUGUGACUAUCUGUUGGAGCACCAUGUACUGCAGAGUGUCAUCCCCAUACUCAAGUCACAUGAUGUGGAACUGUUGAACCUCGCUCUCGGCUUCUGUGAAAUGAUCCUCCGCUUGACAGAGGCAGGUUACAACAUAUUUGAGAAGUUUGAAGGUGUGGCACGUCUGGAAGGGCUGGAAUACCACAGUAACACAACCAUCUCAACAAAAGCUCAUGAACUGCUUGAUACAUACUUUCUGAUUGAUAAAGAACAUGAGGAGAGUCCACAUACUGGCUAGAGGUUUGACGACAAGAUGUUUUAAAAUCAGGAAUGUAGAGGUGCGAGGACAAGAUGUUUUAAUCUCAGGAUUGUGUUCAUUAUAAAAUCCUACGCUGCAAGUCUUGUUUGUGCCAUUUUAGACAUUGAAUUUCUUCAUUUUGAUCAUCACCCCAAGUGCUAUUGUUGUCUUAUAUCAUUUAUGUAUUCAUUCUCCAUGUAAUGGAAAUUAAAACAAGACAUAAUUA